AUGUCUCCGGCUGGCCAGAAUGGUCGGGAUCGCGCCGAAAGUGUAGUGGUAGAAAACGUGUCGUAUACCCACGCCAUGCUACGGCCACCGAUUCGUUUGUACAGCGAAUCCAUUCCCCAGGUGGACCCUAUACUUCGAGAGUUUGCGUAUUUGGAGAGAGCGACAACCGAUCCUGACUUUGCUGUUCAGGCCAACGAACAAGUCAAUGCGUCAUUAGGCCGUACCCCAGGUGGGUUAUCCGUCAUUGAUCCCAACUCGGUGCUUGGGGAUUCGGGUAGAUUGUACCACGGUUACAAGGAUGGAAAAUAUUAUUUCCCCAACGAUGCUGUUCGUACCAUUGCCUACACCAUGAAGUUCGCAUGCUAA